UGCUGCUGCUAAAUAUAAAACAGUCUCAGCGCCUCGGGACCCGCUUUAUUUAACGACCACAGUAUAUAAUAUCUUUAUAACAUAUUUUCCACUUGGCUUUUAUUCGCUUGUAACGCUCUCUCUUACCGCGUGCGCGCGCUCGUGCCCGCUGCCGUUGUUGUUACUCGACGCGCCACACCAGGCGCGCGGUCUGCACGCGCGCAGACGCAGGAGACGUGAAGAAGAGCCGCGGUGAGUGUGUGUGCGUGUAAAAGACGGUCCAGUGCGUGAUUCUUUCAUCCGCUGCAUAGCAGUAAGGAGGCCUGCAUUCGGUAAGAAGAACCGAACACCAUCACAGAGACGCCUUCAUUACCCCGUAUGAAAUUUCUCAGUACCGAUUACAGAGACGCAUCCCUUUAUCAUAAUGCUGCCCCCACCAUGCUUCCCUGUGGGUAUGAGGACACAGUUCAUCUUUUACCAGAUCUGGUGAGGCGGUCAAAUAAGUAAAAAAAAAAAAAAAAAGAAAAACAAUUAAACUAGGCCAUGCAAGUACACCUGAAGAAGGAACUCUGUUGAGAAGCUCUUUUACGUUUUACAGCAGAACAAUGGAGAUCAGCUAAACCACUGGCACCACCUCAAAUUCCAGUCAAUGAGGCAACUCUAUCUCUCAUAACACACACACACAAAAAUAUCCCUCCCCGAGAGUGACAUCAUUCGGUUCCUGCCAUGUUUCUGGCUGAGGUCAGGACAAUGGAUCUUGCUUGGGUUGUGCUUUCCAUGCUAAGCACAUGCACAGCUAUCAACAUGCCUUCCUCGAGCAGCCACAGCACCUUCACCUGCGAGCCCAUCACACUCAGGAUGUGCCAGGGUCUGUCUUACAACACCACGUUCAUGCCCAACCUACUCAACCACUACGAUCAGCAAACCGCAGCUCUUGCCAUGGAGCCUUUCCACCCCAUGGUGAACCUGGAGUGCUCGGCUGACAUGCGCCCCUUCCUCUGUGCCCUCUACGCCCCGGUGUGUACGGAGUAUGGACGUGUAACCCUGCCGUGUCGCCACCUGUGCCAGCGUGCCAAGAGUGACUGCUACAAGCUCAUGGACAUCUUUGGAUUGAGCUGGCCUGAAGAGAUGGCCUGUAACCGGUUUCCCGAAUGUGAUGAGCCAUAUCCACGAGCAGAGGACCUCCUAUCAAGCGCCGACUCCACAGCGGAAUCUCCCAUGUCUGUACAGCGCGACUACGGUUUCUGGUGCCCACGCGAGCUGAAGGUCGACCCCGAGUUGGGCUACAGGUUCCUUGGGGUUCGUGACUGCUCGGCCCCGUGCCCGAAUAUGUACUUCAGCAGACAGGAGCUUGCUUUUGCCCGCUACUUCAUCGCCGUGGUUUCCAUCAUUUGUUUGUCGGCCACGCUUUUCACUUUCCUCACCUUCCUCAUCGACAUGGGCCGUUUCCGCUACCCGGAGCGUCCUAUCGUCUUCUACUCCGUUUGCUACAUGAUGGUGUCGUUGGUGUUCUUUCUGGGCUUCCUGCUGGAGGAGCGUGUGGCGUGCAACAAAGCGGCACCGGGACACUUCCGUUCCGCGACCGUCACGCAGGGCUCGCAUAACAAAGCCUGCACGCUGCUCUUCAUGGCUCUGUACUUCUUCACCAUGGCGGGCAGCGCGUGGUGGGUCGUGCUCACCGUCACCUGGUUCCUGGCCGCCGUACCCAAGUGGGGCAGUGAGGCGAUCGAGAAGAAAGCGCUGCUCUUCCAUGCAGUAGCCUGGGGACUGCCUGGUGUGCUCACUAUCACGCUCAUGGCUCUGAACAGGGUGGAGGGUGACGGUGUAAGCGGCGUCUGCUUCGUCGGUCUUUACGACCUCGCUGCUUUGCGCUGGUUCCUCCUGGCCCCGCUGGCGCUGGCGGUGACCGCUGGCGUGGUGCUGCUGUUAGCCGGCAUCGUGGCGCUCAAUCGCGUGCGCAUGGAGAUCCCGCUGGACAAGGAGAAUCAAGACAAACUGGUGAAGUUCAUGAUCCGCAUCGGCGUGUUUUCCGUGCUCUACCUGGUGCCGCUGCUGACCGUCAUCGGCUGCUUCAUGUACGAGCAGAGCUACAGACCCGUGUGGGAGAUCACAUGGGUGCAGGAGCAGUGCAGGAACUACCACAUCCCCUGCCCUUACAAGGUGGAGCAGACAAGCAAGCCAGAUGUUGCCCUCUUGCUUAUUAAAUACUUGAUGAUGCUGGUGGUGGGAAUUCCAUCUGUCUUUUGGGUGGGCAGUAAGAAGACCUGUUUUGAGUGGGCCAGCUUCUUUCAUGGCCAUCACAAAAAAGACUGUGUGGUGCACGACAGCAGACAGGUGCUGCAGGAGCCCGAUUUUACUCAGCUGCUCCUGCGUGAGCCUGGAGUGGCUGUGGUUCGCCAGUCCCGUGGUACCUCCACCCAAGGCACCUCCACCCACGCCUCCUCUACCCACCUGGCCAUACUGGAUGAGGCGCACAGCGGGAGCAGCCGCCCAAGCAGUGUGCACAGCAAAGCCAGCAGUUUCCACAGCAGCCGGCGCCAGUCUCACAAUGGCAGGUACGCAUCGUGUAGUUUCCACGGCGCAGAGGAGCUCCGUCUCCCCCACGUCAGCAUAUCCCGCCUCCACGAGCAGCUUCAGCAAAGCAGCGCUGUCCACCUGGAGAGCCAGUCACGCCACGGUGGAUCGCAGCGCCUCGACAGCCAAUCACGCCACGACAGCAUAAGGGACCUCAGCGCCGGCCCUGCUAACGCUGUCCACUCCGUCAUGGAGGAAAGCGGAGCCACUUCGUGAACUUAAACACAGCGUUUGUAAAUGAAGCACAUGCUGCAGAGAUUUCUCACGUGUACGGAUGUCGAAUGGACAUCUAGAAACUGAACAUCAAGCCCUGGUUACACAACAUAACAUACAGGUGCAGGAAAAAACUUUCUGAGCAAAGAUCUUUGGUAUUCACAGGGUAAAACAAUGAGGGCUUUCGCCAUAUUACAACCCCAAUUCCAAAAAAAGUUGGGAUGCUGUGUAAAAUGUAAAUAAAUACGAAAUGCUAUGAUUUGGUAAUCUCAUAGUCCUAUAUUUUAUUCACAAUAGAAUAUAGAAAACAUAUCAAACGUACCAUUUUAAGGAAAAAUAAGGUAAUUAUAAAUUUGAUGGCUGUAACAGGUCUCAAAAAAGGUGGGACAAGGCAACAAAAGUCUGGAACAAGUAAGUGUUAUUAAAAUUAAACAGUUGGAGAAACAUUUUACAACUAAUGAGGUUCAUUGACAACAGGUUAGUAAGAUGAUUGGGUAAAAAUAGUGUAUCUAAGAGAGGCAGAGUCGCUCAGAAAUAAAGAUGGGCGGAGCUUCAGCAAUCUGUGAAUGUUUACAAAUUUUAUUUUUCUCUAAUUGUGCAACAAUUUCAGAAUUAUGUUCCUCAAUAUAAAAAUUGCAAAAUGGCUCAAUACGUCAUUAUUUAUGGUAAAUAAUAUUAAAAGAAUCUGGAGAAAUCUGCACAAGGGAUGAGGGUGAUAACCAAUAUUAAAUGCCCAUGAUCUUUGGGCCCUCAGGUGGCACCGCAUUUAAAACAGUCAUGAUUCUGUAUGGAAAAUCACUACAUGGGCUCAUUAACACCUCCAGAAAUCAUUGUCUGUGAAAAUCUGCAAAUCUCUUUCAUGCAAAGAAGAAGGCAUAUGUGAGCAUGAUACAAAAAUGCUGCUAUCCUCUCUGGGCCAAAGCGCAUUUAAAAUGCAAAGUGGAAAACUGUUCUGUAGUCAGAGGAAUCAAAUUUUUUUGGAAAACAUGGGUAUCACGUCCUCCGAACUAAAGAGGAGAGGGACCAUCAGGCCUGUUUUCAGCACUCAGUUUAAGAAGCCAUAUCUCUGAUGGUAUGGGAGUGCAUUAGUGCCUGUGGAAUUGGCCGCUCAGAAGAGGGAUUGAAAAAAUUAGGCAAGAAAAUGCAAUAAAAAUAGAAUAUUUUACAAUAGAAUGAAUUUGUAGUAGAAGGGUCCGGAUGCUAACUGGCCUGCCUGCAGUCUAGACCCUUCAUCAUAAAAAAACAUUUGGUGCAUCAUGAAAUGAAAAAUACAACAAAGGACAGCAGCUAGAACCUUGUAUAAGACACAUGAGACAACAUCCCUGCCCUAAAAUUCCAGCAACUGGUCUCCUCAGUUCCCAGAUGUUUAAAGGACAGAUGACGUGAUGCUACAUAGUGGUAAACAUGGCCCUUUUUUGGGAUGUGUUUGAGCCAUUAAAUCCAAAAUGACCUUAUUUUCUCCUUAAAAUGGUACAUAUUCUCAGUGUAAACAUUUUUGUUUUGUUUUGUUUUACUGUGAAUUGAAUAUGGGUUAAUGAGAUCCGCAAAUCAUUGCAUUUUGUUUUUAUUCCCACUUUACACAGCGUCGCAACUUUUUUGGAAUUGGGGUUGCAUCUUUUUUUAAUACCGUAUUGAAGCACUUGCUGCUUUAUGUUCAGGUUUAAAAUUUUUCUUUGCAGUUUUUAAGAACUUUUAUAGAAAAAAAUCAAGCUUUUUAUUCCACUGUUCCUCUAUUGCACUUUGUGUAGACUUUUUGUAGAUUAGACUGACAUCUUGUUCCACACGAUUUCUCACAUAAUUAGGUAGAAGAGGAGAGAGUGAUGACUGAGUGUUUUAUUGGUGAUAAACAUUUGGCAUGUAAAGAGCAGAGAACAAAGCGAACAACUGCUCGCUGUGAACGUAGAUUAUUUUUCAAUAAUCUGAUGCGUAGUCACCGUUUCACUUUGUACUGCAGGCAUCGGACAAGAGUAAAGUUUGGACUUAAAAACGAA